AUGCCAAUAUCUAAUCUUACAAACGGAAUAUCAAGUGAUCGAAAAAUCGAUCAAUUUGAACCUCCAUAUGGUUAUCUAUCAUCAAUAGAUCCGAUUCCAAGUUUUGAUGAAAAUGUUAUUAAUUAUUCAACAAAUCAACGUAGUCAAAAAUCAUCUAAUCUUCUUUGUAAAUUAGUUCUUAUUGGUGAUGUUGCUGUAGGAAAAUCAAGUUUAGCUACAAGAUUAUGUCAUCAGACAUUUGAUCGAAAUUAUAAAGCAACAAUAGGAGUUGAUUUUGAAGUUGAACGAUUUUUAAUUUUGGGUGCACCCUUAUCAUUACAAAUAUGGGAUACUGCUGGACAAGAACGAUUCAAAUGUAUUGCAGCUGCUUAUUACCGUGGUGCACAUGUAAUCAUAGCAGUAUUUGAUAUGAAUGAUCUUGAUACAUUGAAAAGUGCUGAACGUUGGAUUAAUGAAGCAUUACAAAUAACAAUAACCGAUAAUCCUCUUAUAUAUUUAGUUGGUUCGAAACGUGAUUUAAUAACAGAUAAGAAAACUUUUACAAAAACUGAACAACUAGCUCGUAUAGUUGCUAAACGUGUUAAUGCAGAAUUUUGGUCUAUUUCAUCAUUGACAGGUUAUCAAGUUGAAGAAUUUUUUAAACGUGUUGCUUGUGUGUCAUAUCAAAUGUUAGUUAAACAACAAUUAACUUCACCAAAUACAUCUAUUGAAAAAAUAACUACAAAAACUCAAUUAGCUGCUAAUCUUAAUCUAACAAAUGAUUCUAUUUCAAAACAACAAUCAAAUGAUAAUUGUUGUAAUACUGUUUAA